AGCAAGAACAGCCGGCGCAGGUUAGCAAGUCAUGAAACUUGACUGCCAAUAAAUUAAACGCGAUCAAAUUUCACCAAACAUCAAAACAAUGAAGAAAAUUCUCUGCAAUCCUUGAUCUUUAUAAUUCCAUCCGGUUCAAAUUCAUAUGAGAUCGGAAGCUCCCGUAAUUUGUUUUCGCACCAAAUUUAAACAAAAUGAAGAAAAUUCUCUGUGAUUUUCGGUUCCUCCUGUUUCUUGCAGCGGCGGCGUUCAUCUAUAUUCAGAUGCGGCUUUUCGCUACGCAAUCGCAGUACGCUGAUCGCCUCGCGGAUGCGAUAGAGUCAGAGAACCAUUGUACAUCUCAGUUGAGGACAUUUAUUGAUCAAAUAAGCUUGCAACAAGGACAAAUUGUUUCCCUAGACGAAGAAAAGCAACGGCUAGAGCAAGAGUGUGGACAACUGAAGGUCCUAGUACAAGAACUUGAAAGGAAAGGCCUAGGUCGGCUGAUUGACAAAAACCAGGUGCCAGUGGCAGCAGUUGUAAUUAUGGCAUGCAAUCGUGCUGAUUAUCUGGAAAGGACUGUGAAGUCUGUUUUAAAAUAUCAGAGUUCUGUUGCCUCAAAGUUUCCUCUAUUUGUCUCCCAGGACGGAUCGCAUCCAGCUGUCAAACAAAAGGCUUUGAGCUACGAUCAGCUUACCUAUAUGCAACAUUUGGAUUAUGAACCAGUUCAUGCUGAAAGACCUGGGGAGUUGAUUGCAUACUACAAAAUUGCGCGUCAUUACAAAUGGGCAUUGGAUGGAUUGUUCUACAAGCAUAAGUUCAGCCGCGUAAUCAUACUUGAAGAUGAUAUGGAAAUUGCUCCUGAUUUUUUCGAUUAUUUUGAGGCUGCAGCAGCUCUUCUUGACAAGGAUAAGUCUAUCAUGGCCGUUUCUUCGUGGAAUGACAAUGGGCAAAAACAGUUUGUGCAUGAUCCUAAAAUACUUUAUAGAUCGGAUUUCUUUCCUGGACUCGGGUGGAUGCUGGCUAGAUCUACAUGGGAUGAGCUAUCACCAAAAUGGCCAAAGGCUUACUGGGAUGACUGGUUGAGGUUACAAGAGAAUCAUAAGGGUCGACAAUUUAUUCGGCCAGAAGUGUGCAGAACAUAUAAUUUUGGAGAACAUGGUUCUAGUCUGGGACAGUUUUUCAAACAAUAUCUUGAGCCAAUCAAGCUGAAUGAUGUCCCGGUUGACUGGAAAUCAAUGGAUUUGAGCUACCUGAUGGAGGACAAGUAUUUAAAACACUUUGCUGACAUUGUGAAAAAAGCUAAACCUAUCCAUGGAUCUGAUCUUGUACUAAAGGCACGCAACAUUGGUGGUGAUGUUCGCAUACAGUACAACGACCAGCCAGACUUCGAAUACAUUGCUGGCCAGUUUGGUAUUUUCGAAGAGUGGAAGGAUGGUGUACCACGGACAGCAUAUAAAGGAAUAGUUGUUUUCCGGUACCAUAUCCCACAACGUAUAUUCCUUGUUGGUCCAGAUUCUCUCAAGCAGCUCGGAGUUAAUGAUUCUUGAUGCAAAGUUGAGUGUUCAUAAGGAGAAAACAUUGCUUCCGAAGUUCAAGAACUUGAGGUUCAUGCUAAACGUAUGUUCUUGAAUCACAAGUGCAACUCAUACCAAAAUCGAUAACCAAUGCUAACUAAACCUAGAUGAGAGCCAGGUGCGUUUUUCGUGAUUCGAGCUCUGCAUCCAGCUAUGUCUUCACUCUCGUGUAAUUUGAGUUGUUCGGAAACUUUACCGGGUUACCACAUUCAACGAGUAGCAGUCUCCAUAUUCAGUUGGUCUUUAGGUGGUAGUGUCCAAUCUUUUUUAAGUGUUGAAAGUUUUGAACAUUUUUGUUUCCUUAACAGAUACUGUUCCCUUCUGAAAGAAGAUUGUAAUCCUAAUCCUUCAUGUAUGAUAUUUUGACAGAAUGUACUCUUGUAGUAGUAGCAUACAGAAUUCCAAAAUAUUACUUUUUAUUUC